AUGUGGGGCAACGACGCUGAUCGGAAGCACCGCCUCGAGGAGAUCCUCCAGCGUGAGGACCACGACGAUCUCGACGAUAACGACCCCAACCAGACCACCGCUGAAGACAUCGCCAAGGCCGACAGCGCCCAAAUGGACGAAGAUCUCGCUGCGGCCCAGGCCACCGCUGAGGGAUUCUGUGUCGAAUGCAAGGACCAAGAGUCCUUCUACUCUUGCGAACAGUGUGCCGAAGAGUUCUGCGAGGUCUGCUACGCCAUGCUCCAUCGCACUGGAAACAGAACUCGACACAUCAAGAAGGAGAUCUUCAAGCCCGACAACAGGGACACUCCCGUCCCCUCGGUCAACGGCAUGUCAACAUCAACUUCCAAGGGCAGUUCGUUAAGCGGGGAGACGCUGACUGAGCUUCCAGAGUCCAAGGUCAUUAUAUCCAGCGGAUCCUCCACGUUUGGAGACUGGGUCAUUGAUCGUUCCAAGUACAUUCCAAUGCGUCUGGAUCUGACUGAGCGAAAGCUGUUGCGCCUCCUUGAAGCGGCCUUGAAUGUGAGCGAAUACACGGACAAGGUCGACAUCCUCUCAUACACCAGCAAGUCCAAGCGUAUCGUUCACCAGAUCAAGGACCUCUGUGCCAUCAUCUCUGGACUUGUCGUCGCUAACGAUUAUCGCCGUGGACAAGAGCUGUUUGCAGACAAGAGUUUCGAAGACAACGAAGAGUUUUUCCAGGUCAUUUUCGAGAUCGGUCGUCGCCACAAGAUCAUGAACCCUGAGAAGAUGAGAAGCGCCUACGGAAAGCUGAUGUACAUGCUUAUGGACUCGAACAUGGAAGAGAUCGAAUCGACCCUGGGCUUCAACUGUGUCAUCCCCAUCAAGACGGUUUACAGCUACUUGCAGGAAAGAGACGGUCUGGAUGUUUUGAAGAACGACCUGGUGGCCGAUGCCACGAAGGAGAUCAUCUCGGACGGAAAAAAUCGCCAUCAAAUCCAGCAAGAGAUCAAGAAAAAGGAAUGGGCCAUUGAGACGCUCAGCCGAAAGUACGCCAACGAAAACCUCACCCCUGACGAGAUCAAGGUCUGCCUCUACUCUAUCGGCGAUAACCACAGUUUCCUCAGGACGAACCGUGACCCAUGCGACAAAAUGCUCAAGUACUUGACAAUGUACUUCAAGCCCACCAGCAAUGAGGAAGGAUUCUCACUUGCUAUUCGAUCUGGCCAGCAGGGAGCACGUUUGACACACGGACAUGAGACUCAGUACUGGUACAUCAACCAGACACUCAACCUGUGGCGUGAGAUCGCACACGAGAUGUUCUACCUCUGGACCCUCUCGGAUUUGGACAUGCUCGACAACGACUAUCGCCUUCGCGACACUGGACAGGGAUUGCAGCGUCUCCAGUACUGCCCCAACGUCUCCAAGGCGAUGCACACCAUUCUCCACAAGGCUCAACAGAAGGCUGGCAUGUGGAUUGGAAGUUCAGUAAUCCAUCUCGGUGAUAGCAACGUACCCAACGCGUUUAUGUUCAUCGACAAGUACAACCAAGUCGCCAGGAUAUUGAACCCCAUCAUCUUGACUCUGGAGAAGAUCGACAGCAUUGCUCAAGAUGAAGGUAUCCACGCUUAUAUUCGUGACACUUUUGGUGGCGUCAACAAUCUGCGGAAGACGAUCGUUUGCGACUUUUUCCGCAUGGCCUUUGACGGCUCUGGAGCCGACAAUUUUUUCUCUGCAGGUUCCUGCAUUGAUGGACGAUUAACGUCUGCCUGGAAUUGGUGCUCGCAGAUUGAGAAGAAGGCUUUCUUCCCGAUCUUCUUGCUCACUCAGCUUGAGAGAAAAAUGAAAGGAGCCCAGCUGAACCAAGAGUCCCGUGCCUGGCAACGGAAACAAUAUCUAGACUCUCUCGAACGCGACAACUUUGUGGCACGGACAGAGUUUGAGGUCAUUAUUGCCACCGCAGAAGCGACGGCUGCGGUUCCGGGACCGGCUACACUCAACACCACAGCCUUCGAUGUUGCACAAGGUGGUGCUACUGUUGGCGCACAAGCGACGACGACGACCACGAGUAACAUCAGCAAUGGUACAUCAUCACAUCAGCUUGGCACGAGGGUCCGCAGCAGUGGUCGAGGGAACUCCAUGGACGGUGGUGGUGUUGAGGCUGCCAAGUCCAACACGCGACGAAGAGGUAGAGGACAUGGAGGCGUGUCAUUGCCGCCGACAAAACCGUUCAAGGCGUUGAUUCUGGAAUCUGGGAUUGCGAGUCAGGAUCCAACGGAGCCUUCGUACCUGACUACCGAAAUGGGGCCUAGUCGAUAUCCUGCGCGACGGCUCUGCAGUGUCUGUGGGUGGCGGGGUCUUUACUCCUGCAACCGGUGUGGGAUACGGUACUGUGGACUACCAUGUCUCAAAGUUCACCAGGACACUAGGUAA